UUGUGAAGCAAUAAUAUUUGUCUUCCUGGGAUUGUCAACAGUGUCAAAAAAACAUGAUUGGAAUUCAGUUUUUAUUGGUACAACAUUAUUUGCAUGUUUAAUAUGCAGAUUUACUGGAACAUAUUUUUUGACAUGUUUGGCAAAUCGUGGACGACAUCGAAAAAUUAAUCUUGUUGAUCAAUUUAUAAUGGCAUACGGUGGUUUACGUGGCGCUAUUUGUUAUGGUUUAGUGAUGACAUUAGAUGAGGAAGCGGUAUUAGCAAAAGAAAUGUUUACUUCAACUACAAUUAUUGUUAUUUUAACUACUGUCUUUUUACAGGGUGCUACAAUUAAGCCAUUGGUUCGAUUACUUGAUGUUGAAAUUGAGCCAGAUAAUCAAGAGACAUUAGUGGAACAAGUCAUUAGCGAAGUUCGUGAUGAUAUUAUGGAGGGUAUAGAAGCUGUUGCUGGUGUUAAACGAUCACAAUGGGUAAAAUUCUAA